AUGGCAAAUCAAUACGCUUCUCGUCUCAUCGGCGCUCCCAACACUCUCGAGCACCGCGUUUUCAUCGAGCAGAACGGAACCGUCGUUUCGUCAUGGCACGACAUCCCCCUCUUCGCCGAUCGGAACAACAGCAUCCUUAACAUGAUUGUCGAGGUCCCCCGUUGGACCAACGCUAAAAUGGAGAUAUCCAAGGAAGAGCCCUUUAACCCCAUCAAACAGGAUAUCAAAAAGGGUCGUCUGCGCUACGUGCGCAACUGCUUCCCCCACCAUGGUUAUAUCUGGAACUACGGUGCUUUCCCUCAGACCUGGGAAGAUCCCUCUCAGGCCCACGCGGAGACCAAGGCCAACGGCGAUAACGAUCCUCUCGAUGUCUGCGAGAUCGGUGAGCAGGUCGGAUACGUCGGUCAGAUCAAGCAGGUCAAGGUACUCGGCAUCAUGGCGCUCUUGGAUGAGGGGGAGACGGACUGGAAGGUCCUCGUCGUUGACGUACAGGACCCUCUUGCAUCUAAGCUCAACGACAUAGAGGACGUCGAGAGGCACCUCCCUGGACUCAUUCGUGCAACCAACGAAUGGUUUAGGAUCUACAAGAUACCUGAUGGCAAGCCUGAGAACCAAUUUGCAUUCUCUGGCGAGGCCAAGAACAAGAAAUACGCGACGGAGAUUAUCCACGAGUGCCAUGAGGCCUGGCGCAGACUUGUGAGCGGUGAGACCCCGGCCAAAACACCCUCGUACGACCUCUCCAUUCGCAACCUUACUGUCACUAGCUCUCCUGGUCACACCAGCAAAAACGACUCCGUCUAUGCAAAUCUCCCCCAGGACUCUAGGAAGCCCCCUGGACCCAUCGAUCCUGCCAGUGAGUACCGGUGUUUUAUGGCUCCAGAACUUUAA